GCCAGUUGGACUACUGUCCGUCAGAUCACUGGGCUCCGCCGCCUGACCCUUCCUCUCCAACGUAUUAUCAUGUGUGAUGUGGACCUGUGCUGAUGACUGCAACAAUGGAUGGGUCCACUAUUUUCAUCGCUGUCCAGAAAGUAUACUACCCACUGCUGUGCAUCGUGGGAAUUCCAGCGGUCAUCUACCUGAGCUGCUUGGCCAUCAUGGACACCUUCUACCUGGUGUGGGUGAUCCUGCUGGACCUUUGCCUGACCUUCCUGCAGCUGCAGCCCUUCUGGCACUCCCACCCCUGGUGCGGCCUGCUGGGCAUCCUGCAGUACGGCGCCCUCUACAGCUCGUCCUGGGUGGUGGUGGUGUUCACCAUCGAGCGCUACCUGGUCCUGAGCGUGACGGCCGCCAAGCAGCGCUUCACGCGGCCCCGCACCACCGUGCUCACCUGCGUGAGCAUCGUGCUGGCGUCGCACCUGGUGUCCGUGCCCAUGGGCUGGAUCAACGAGGUGACGCCGGUCAACCACACGCUGGCCUCGGGCAACGCGACGCUGCUGCCGCGCUGCCGCUACCGCGAGGCCGUCUACUCCACGGUCAUCGUGUGGGUCACCUCCUUCCUGUCGGCCGGCGUGCCCAUCGUCCUGGUCAUCAUCUACAACGCGCUCAUCGCCUACCACCUGUGCCGCUCCAGCCGCCUCUUCACCAAGGAGGAGCGGCGCACCAUCCGCGGCGCCAACACGCAGGGCAUGGUGCGGCGGACCAUCGCCCUCCUGGGCACGGUGUCGGCGGCGUUCGUGGUGCUCAGCCUGCCGCGCUUCGUCACCUACUGCAUCCUGCGCACGCGCUACAACCACAGGGACUUCGACCGCAACGACUACGCGCUGGCCAUCAACGUGGCGAGCGACGCGGCCAACAUGCUGCAGAACCUCAACUCCACCACCAACUUCCUGCUCUACUGCGUGGUGAGCCGGCGCUUCCGCCGGGAGCUGCUGGCCACGCUGACCUGCCGGGGCAAGAAGGCGCGGGAGCUCAGCUCCUUCAUCACGCAGAACACCAUGAAGGUCUUCGCCGUGGCCCAGCACGCCAGCAGGAGCCCGGCCAGAGAGCCCAUCCACGUGGUCCUCACUGAGCACAAGCCAAUAGAGUCCUUCUCCUGCUCUCAGAGACACUAG